AUGCACGUCACGCAUUUUCGGCUUCAAAAUAGCUUCUCUACGCUAGAGAUAGCUGUAGCAUGGACGGUUCUGCUCAAAGACUAUGUCGGCUCUUCAAUUGUCUCAUUCCUUGCUACCGGCUACACAUCUCCGGACGAUCUGAGUUUUAUUAGUCUACACAUAGACAAGCAGAAAAAUAUUGACCAAUUGUUCCAAAGUCUGCAGGCACAGCUUUCACAACCACCUCCUUUUACUGGAAUCGAUGAACCACUGGCAUUUCAGACACAUUUACAUAUCGAGGACAAAAAAUCCGAGACAAUCAACGGCCAUACGCACUUGAAAGAGACAGGCCAAUCAAACAGCGACAAUAUCACCCAGCUGUUAAAUUCAAAGAUCGAUUUGACAUUGAAAUGUACAAUUCUAGACCAUGGACAGGAAGUUCAGAUUCGUGCAAUACCGCAUACCGCCCUCAUCAGUAGCGUUCAGGCGUUACGUAUUCUACGCCAAUUCGAGCAUGUGCUUCGUCAACUCAAUGCCCUAACCGAGCAACCCGGACAUCUGGUGUACAAAAUAGAUACUGCCAGCGCAUGGGACAUUCGCAGUGUAUCGGAAUGGAAUUCUACCACCCAAGCCCCAGAGCCAAGAACAGUGCUCAAUGUCUUUACUGAACACGUUUCAAACCGUCCGCAGUCCACUGCAGUAAGUGCAUGGGAUGGCGAUUUCACGUAUGCAGAGCUAGAUCGUCUGUCCACAGCAUUCGGGUUGCGCCUGGCAAGUGAUGCUGGCAUAGGACCUGGAAACAUCGUACCAUUGUGCUUUGAAAAAUCUAAGUGGGUGCCAGUUGCCAUUUUAUCGGUGAUAAAGACUGGAGCGGCUUUUACUUUGAUAGAUGAAAAUCUUCCGGACGACAGAUUGCGCCGAAUUGCAAAGCUUGUGAGCCAAGACGCGAAAGUGGCACUUUCAUCAAGCUCUCAGAAACAUCGGGCACAGCUCAUGGUAUCCAAGGUUAUUGCAUUAGAUUCUAACUUCCUGGAAACUACAUACCUGCCUUCGAAAAAAGCGCAAGCUGAAGUUCAUGUCACACCUGAUUCUCUGCUGUACAUUGUGUUCACUUCGGGCUCAACGGGGAUACCGAAAGCGAUCAUGCUGUCACACAACAACAUGUGCACUUUUGUGACAUUGAGCGGGGCCUUGAGCGACGUGACACCGCGGUCAAGAAUUCUUGCGCUCUCUUCAUACGCAUAUGAUGUCUCUCUGGGCGACAUAUUCAUUAGCCUGCUGGCCGGAGCUUGCUUAUGUAUUCCUUCGUCCUGGGAAUGUAAAAACGAUGUUGACUGGGUGGUCGAACAGUACAAAGUAACCCGCCUAAUGACUACACCUUCCAUAUCCAAGACACUUCGCCCAUCCGAUUCGCCGAGCUUAGAAGUUCUAGUACUGUGCGGCGAACCGUGCAGCGAAGAUGCACUCGCUAGGUGGCGGGGAACUCGUACGCGUGUCAUAAAUUCAUAUGGCCCAGCCGAGUGUACCGUAGAGACGGUUGCAAAUUACAACGUCUUAGAGUCAAAGAAGCCCACUGUUAUUGGACGAGGACUAGGCGCCUGUUGGAUAGUCGAUCCGGUUGACCAUGGCCGAUUGACGCCGGUGGGCGGGGUGGGAGAGCUCGUUUUGGAAGGGCCUUUAGUCGGUUUGGGCUAUCUUCACGACGAAGAGACUACAAAGAAGAAAUUUCUUGAUCACGCACCGUGGCUGGAAAAUGGGCUUCCUGGACUGGUGAACCAGCAUAAAGCGCGUUUGUACAACUCAGGCGACCUUGUUCGAUAUACAGAUGAUGGAGAUAUUGAAUAUAUUGGCCGUGGCGACCUGCAAGUCAAGAUUCGGGGACAGAGAGUCGAGCUGGGAGAAGUUGCCGCACAUCUGCAAAAGCUAAUCCCGUCUUCUAUCCAGUGCACUCCGGAGGUUGUGAAGCUGGAGAGUGGAGCGGAGCUUCUUGUCGUAUUCCUGGUAGUUAAUACCAUCGACGAGCCAAAGGACCAAAUAUCAAAAAGACUGAGAGUGCUGGUUGAUCGCGCCGGCACAGAACUACAAAAAAGAUUACCUCCAUCUAUGGUGCCAAGUGCAUAUACAAAAAUAGACUCUAUCCCACUCACUCUGUCGGGCAAGGUUGAUCAUAGAAGACUCAAGCAGUUGGGACUAUCCCUGCCCACAAGUGAAUGGAUAGUAUGGCAAAACAAAACGGUUGAUGAGCCAAGCACCAAUGGAAAUGGUCAUGUCAAUGGAAGUACUCAAGACCCUAGAGAAAUUGCCACUCAGCAGAAAGAACACCAGGAGCAGCACAACAAGCUGGAGGUGUUGAAGCGUAUUUGGAGCGAUGUCCUCCACAUCGACAUAAAGUCGAUCCACGCUUCAGAUACCUUCUUUUCUCACGGCGGUGAAUCGUUAUCCGCUAUCAAGUUGGUCAGUGCCGCUUCUAGGGUUGGUAUUCAACUUGAUGUUGCAACGAUAUUUGGGUAUCCACAGCUUUCUGCUCUGUCAAAACAAGCAAAAUGGUCUUCUAUAUCAUUUCCUGAACCACCUGCAAGAUUCUCACUGGUUAAGUUAGAAGAUGGUCUCGCAGAAAUAAGUUCUCUAUAUGGAAUUGGAAUUGAUGACAUAGAAGACGCCUAUCCGUGCACGCCAUUGCAAGAAGGUUUGAUUUCAGCAGAGAUGUUGAAUUCGACAAAGUACGUUGGCCGGGGGAUAUUUGAACUACCAAAGGAUAUUGAUAUUGAACGUCUUGCACAAGCGUGGCAGCGUGUCAUAGCCGUUCAUCCUAUUCUACGAACUAGAAUCGUUGAUACAGAAUCCAAUGGCCUCUUACAGGUGGUUUUGCGCGAAAUACCCUUGUUUGGGGCCAUCAAAACACAACCGCUAGCCACUUACCUCACAGAAGACAGUCAAAAUAAGUUGGGACUAGGCACAGAGCUCUGUCGCUGGAGUAUUGUGCGUCAUCUCGGCUUAAGCCACCUCGUCCUGACUAUGCAUCACGCCGUUUAUGAUGGUUGGACUAUCCCACUGUUAGGUCAAGAAGUUUUCCGGGCAUAUCAUGGAGUCCGAAUUCAACCUAGAAUAGGAUUCAAUGUCUUUGUCAAACAUGUCCUGUCCAUUCCCUACAAACAAGCAGAAGAGUUCUGGACACGUCAACUAGUAGACCCAGAAAAGGCAACAGCAUUCCCACUACUGAAUGGAGCUCGAGAGCCUAGAGCCGAUUCUGUAGUAUCGAAAAAUGUCCCUGUCCCCUCAAACGCGAAUCAAGAUACAUCAGUACCUUCAUUAUUGAGAGCUGCGUGGGCCUUGCUAGUAUCUAAAUUGUCCGGAAAUGAUGACAUUAUUUUUGGAGCAACUGUGUCUGGUCGCAAUGUGGCGAUCCAAGGCAUCGAUGAUCUUCUUGGCCCUACCAUAUCAACAAUUCCAGUACGCGUGAGAAUUGACCGUAAUGAUAGCGUGAGUAACUUCGUUAGAACUGUGCAGAACCAAGCCUCGGAAACUAUGCCUUUUGAGAACCUGGGCCUGCACAACAUCAGAAGACUUAACGCAACUACACGGGAAGGGAGCAAGUUCCAGACACUUUUUAUUGUCGACCCCCCGGGAGAGUCAAGCGUUAAUAUAUCAAAGUCAUUAAGCCCAUCGGAUCAAGAGCUAAAGGAAAAGUUGGAACAACUGGAUGACUCGUUAAGUGCUACGCUGGCAAACUUCAACGAAUAUAGCUUGAUGAUUAUCAUCACGCAGAAAAAUGAACAGCUCCAGAUAAAAGCCAGCUAUGACUCUCGGGUUUUGAGUCACGCCGAUGCCGACCUUUUGUUGGAUCAGUUUGUGAAUGUAGCAGAGCAACUUGGUCGCAGCAACAAUUUGGCGCAUAGCUUGAGAGACUUGCGUUUGGCUAGUGUAAGCGACAUUGAGAAGAUCUGGCAGUGGAAUGGCCAUAUAUCUCCCCCAGUAAAGGAGAGCGUACACCAUAUCAUAGGCCAAACUGUUAGCCUGCAACCAAAGAGGCAAGCCAUCGCAGCCUGGGACGGAAGUGCAAGUUUCGGCGAGCUGGAUGAGAUUUCAUCACGUCUCAGCUAUUCCCUGCAGAGCAAAGGUAUUGGCCGUGGUAGCUUGGUUCCCAUUUGCAUGGAAAAGUCCAUGUGGGCAACAGUCGCGAUGCUCGCCAUCUUGAAAACAGGGGCCGGUUUUGUUACAAUGGACAUUAGCAACCAGCCCAAGAAACGCCUCAAACUUAUUGUUGACCAGGUGAACGCUACAUGCAUUGUUACCAACAGUCAGGCCGCAGAACUGGCAUCGGAACUAUGUGAAGAAGUCAUUCUUUGCGACCACAGGUCGCAGGAUCUCACAGACAGCACCAAUAGUACAUUCAAACAAGAUGCCCAAUCUCAGCCCUCUGAUACUGCGUUUAUUGUAUUUACCUCUGGAAGCACUGGUAUCCCGAAAGGCAUCGUUAUUACACACGAAAACUUUUCCUCGACCAUUGCACAUCAUGCGCGGGAAUUGAAGAUCACGGAGGAUUCGCGGAUAUACGACUUUGCCUCUUAUAGUUUCGAUAUUGCGGUUCAUAAUGCACUGAUGGCACUAAGUCUGGGAGCAUGUCUUUGCGUACCAAGCGAAGAUGACCGAAAAAACAAUAUUGAAGGCUCGUUCCAGCAACUACAAGCCAAUUGGACUGAUAUCACCCCGUCUGUCGCACGUCUAAUUGAUCCAUCUGCUGUUUCUGGACUCAAAAUCCUCGUUCUAAGUGGGGAGGCGAUUAGCAAAGAUAUCGUACAGCAAUGGGGCAAGAAAGUCGACCUAAUAAAUGCCUAUGGCCCUGCUGAAUGUCAGAUUUGCACGGUCAACGGCACGAUUGCCAGUGUCGAUAACGCAGCGGACAUUGGCUAUGGGGUGGCCUGCGCAACAUGGAUCGUGGAUCUUGGAACUGACAAUUUAACCCCAAUUGGUGCCGUAGGGGAACUUGUUAUUGAAGGACCCAUUGUCAGCCCAGGAUACCUGAAUGACUCGAAUCAUAGUUUUAUCCGUGAUCCAUCGUGGUUGACUGAAGGCUCUGCUUCAGUGGCUGGCAGAAAAGGCCAUCUAUAUCGAACCGGAGAUUUGGCCCGCUAUCGACCUGAUGGGAAAUUAGUAUACAUGGGCAGAGCUUCAACGUUUGCCAAACUGAAUGGCCAGCGCAUCGAAUUGAGCGAGGUUGAGUUCCAUGUUAAACAGGCGGACACUUCGCUGACGGAAGUAAUCGCUGAUGUUAUUGACGUUAACGGAACAAUGGUUCUAACUGCAUUCCUCGUUGCUUCAAAGGAUGAUCAUCCAAAGUCUCUAGACAAGGAUGUCACAUUGACAGUUGAGCCUAUUCCUCCUCCCCUGGGGUUGAAACAAACCCUAAAAAGUACACUUCCUUCCUACAUGAUCCCUGGGCUGUUUUUGCGAACCUCCCAUAUUCCUUUAACAACAACACGAAAGGCUGAUCGUAAUCUCUUGAAAUUGCGUGCUUCUGGUAUCUCGUGGGAUCAGAUCUACGAACUUAAACAGAAUGAAGCUGAUACCGGAGACACGGAACUUACUCCGCAACAGCAGACUUUGGCACAGAUAUGGUCGAGUGUACUAAAGACUGAUGUGAAGAAGAUCACAGCCCAAAGUGAUUUUUUUCAGCUUGGUGGCGAUUCUAUCUCCGCGAUGCGUAUGGUGAAGCACUCUCAAAAAAUCGGAUUGUCGUUGACCGUUGCAAGCGUGUUCCGACACUCACAACUCAAAGAACUGUCCAGCCAGCUCGCCGAAGUUGUGGAAAAAGAGAGUAUUGCGAACACAAUCCACCCAUUCUCGCUUGUUCCAAUAACAUCAUCAGUAGAUUCCUUGGUUUCGACAGCAGCUACCGUCUGUAAUGUUUCUCGCGAUGCAAUCACGGACGUGUAUCCCUGUACAGCUUUUCAGGAGGCAGUCUUUGCACUGACAGCAACUGACUCGUCAGCUUACGUGCAGCAUAAGUUGUUGAGAUUUAGUGAUGAUCUAAAUAUCGACGGUGUGCUGGGAGCUUGGUAUGCUGUUAUUGGCGCAACCAGCAUCUUACGAACUAGGAUUGUCCAGUCCAAGGAUGCACAGCUCUUCCAAGUGGUUGUUCGGCAAAAACGACAGCUAUGGAAUUGGUACAAUAGUACAGAGGAUUAUAUUCGCGAAACAACAAAAAUUCCCAUGGGACUAGGGAAUGAGCUCUCUCGAUUUGGAGUUGUUCGCGAUGAUUCAACAACGCCACCUUCCUAUGUUCUUAUAUGGACAAUGCACCAUGCUGUUUAUGAUGCCUGGACUAUGGACCUAAUCCUUCACCAGGUUUCCGAAUAUUACCAUUCCCAAAGGCUCAACACAAUCAUACCCAAUUACAAUGUCUUUGUGGACUUUCUUCAGCGACAACAGGGUACGAGUGCAAAGUGGUGGCGGGACUAUUUAUCUGGCGCCUCGAAUGCUUCGUUCUUCCCAAAAACACCCAUGUCCCUAUCCGGAAACUCACGAAACAGCUUGACGAGCAAGGAAUUUGAUUUAUCUCGGGUAAUACCUGCAGGGUACUCACCAGCAGUUCUGCUGAGAGCUGCAUGGGCUAUUGUCAUGGCUCGGCACACUAGCAGCGAGGCUGUUGUCUUUGGCGAAGUUCGUCCUGGUCGUAAUGUUCCUGUGAAAGAUGUAGACAAAAUCCCCGGUCCAACUAUUGCAUCAGCCCCAAUCCUGCUGCAUGUUGACCGGGAGCAGACCAUCAAAUCACUUUUGGACACUGUGCGAGAGGAUGGCAUUCAAAUGCAAGAGUUUGAACAUCUUGGUCUUCAGAAUAUAUCCCGUGUCAGUGAAGAUGCUCGCGCGGCUUGUAAUUUCCAGACUCUCCUCGUUUUCCGAAAAGCAGAGGACGGAGUUGACGACGGCUCGAUAUUCCAGACCGACGACACGAUUGAUGAUAUUCGAAACUUCAACACUAAUCAUCUACUCAUAUACUUGAGUCUAACGACAACAAGUGUUGUGAUAGAGUCUGUUUUCCAAGAACAAGCGAUCUCACGAGGAGAGCUUGACGCGGCUAGUGACCAAGAUCUAACGCAGAUCUGGGAGUGGAAUGCAACGCCGGCAGAGACUAUCGACGCAUUCAUCCACGAACUGAUUGCCCAAAACGCAAAAGAGGAUCCAUACAGGCCGGCCGUUAUAGGUCACGAUGGUCAAAUGACUUACAAAGAGCUCGACCAAUACUCAGACAACCUAGCUGCACAACUUAUUGCCAAGGGAGUCGGCAUCAAUACUUUUGUGCCUCUUUGUUUUGAAAAGUCUUUUCUGGUACCCGUUGCAAUGUUAGCAGUCAUAAAGACAGGAGCUGCAUUUUGGGUCAUGGAUGUUACUUUUCCUGAGAGCAGAUUAAAAUUAACUACUAAAACCUUGGGUGCGCAUUUACUUCUUAGCAGCUCAUCGCAAGUUGGUUUGGCGCAAAGACUGGGCAACGAUGUUCUUGUUGUCAAUGAAAAUACCUACCAAGACUUCAGCGCACUCAAAACACAUCCCAUCAUUGAGGCCUCACCGCGAAAUACCGAUCGCGUGAUGUAUGUUUGCUUUACUUCUGGAAGCACUGGCGUACCUAAAGGAGUAAAGGUAACGCAUAAAAAUAUUGCCUCGGCUGCCGUAGCUCAGACUCGAGAACUUGGCUGGGUUCGCGAGGACAGAGUGUAUGAUUUCGCGUCGCAUGCUUUCGAUGCAAACAUAUGGCAUUUCUAUCUUGGUUUCAUCGCUGGAGCCAGCGUUUGCAUUCCAUCCAUCGAAGAUCGCAUUAGCAAUCUGGCAGGCAGCAUCACAGCCUUCAAAAGUACUGCACUCUUUCUAACGCCAUCUGUGGCUCGCACGCUAGACCCAAAGGAAGUCCCAACUGUGAAGAGAUUGUACUUGGGAGGAGAAGCAGUGACUCCUCUGGAUGUGUCUAUGUGGAGAGAUUCACUAGAUCUCUGGGGAGGAUACGGACCUACAGAAACGACGCCAGUAUGUAUAUUCGCAAGGCUAAUUGUUCCAGAAUCUGCAUCAAAUAUUGGCAGAGGUAUCGGUGUGAGGUCAUGGAUUGUCAACCCAAGCAACCACAACCAGUUAAUGGCCAUUGGAGCGGUGGGAGAGCUGGUAAAUGAAGGUCCUCUGGUAACAUCCGGUUAUCACAACCUACCCAACAGAACUGCAAAGGUGUUUAUACAAGAUCCAGAAUUCCUUCAACGUGGAUUUAAGAGGUAUUCUGGGCGCCGAGGCAGGGUCUAUAAAACCGGAGAUCUAGCCAGGUACUGUUAUGAUGGCACACUCCAGUACAUGGGACGCGCAGACACACAAGUGAAACUGAGAGGCCAGCGAGUCGAGUUGGGUGAGGUUGAGUAUCACCUCAAGCGAGCUUUACCACAUGUUUCAACCAUAUGCGAAGUUGUCAUUCACCCAUCCUCUAGUCGACCCAUGCUCGUGGCGUUCUGUGCUUUGUCCGCAGCUGACCAGUUAGACACACACUCCACCAGAGCAUAUCUCAGCAAGCGGCUUCCACCGUAUAUGGUGCCCGAAUUCUUUCUUCGUAUUGCCGAUAUCCCUAGGAACAAGUCCGGCAAAGUAGACCGUCUAAAUUUGAGAUCAUUAGGUCCCGAGCUUUUAUUAACAUCCAUGGAGCAAGAGAACGAAGGCAGUAUUGAAUGUCUGUAUGGACCUCUUACAGAAAACGAAACUAUACUGGGUUCACUUUGGGCUACAUCUCUUGGCCAAAAGAACAUAUCGCUUUCACCAGAUACUGAUUUUGUUGACGUGGGCGGCGACUCCAUUACGGCUAUGAAACUGUCAAAUCUAUCGCGAAAACAGGAUCUUGGCUUGACUAUCGGUGAUAUUAAAAAUCAUUCCAAACUAUCAGCGAUGGCACUCAGGAUUAGAUCUCUGCAAGCGCCAUCGACUUCGCCAAUCCCGUUUUCCAUGGUAGAUUCAUCCAACCACGAGAAAAUAUUGGUCGAUGUCGCUGCCACCUGUGGUAUACCUGUGAAUGAGAUUGAAGAUAUUUACCCAUCGACACCAUUGCAAACAGAGCUUGUUGCCUUGACUCUGAAACAACCUCAAGCUUAUAUGAAGCGGUCGGUGUAUGAGGUCCCAGCAAACAUCGACGUUGAAAAGCUAGUGCAAGCGUGGGACAUAGUCAUAAACACUAAUGCAAUUCUGCGCACGCGUUUUGUCGAGGUUGACAAUCUCGGUUUGGUUCAAGUCAUCACCAAAGGACAUACAUGGAACGAGUAUAACAGCCUGCAGUCGUAUAUCGACUCGUCCACAGCCUCGAACAGAGACUUAGGUAGUUCAUUAUGCGAACUAGCCAUCAUUCAUGAUACGGACUCUUCCAAAGUUGCGUGGACAAUACAUCAUGCCCUUUACGACGAGUGGUCAGUCUUGAUCAUCGAUGAGCAGCUCCGUCGGGCAUAUCAGGAACGUACAAUCCACAGGCCACCCAGUUUCAACGCAGUUGUUCGUUAUAUCACCUCACAAGAUCCCAUAAAAGCACAAGAGUUUUGGAAAACUCGUCUUGAAGGAUGUACUUCUGUCAACGUCUACCCACAAUUGCCAUCAGCACAUUAUCAGGUGCGGCCAACACAGGUAUUCAAUCGCACAAUCCGCCCAGACGGUAGGUUUCUCAGGAACCUGCAGGCCAAAGUGCACGCUGCGUGGGCACUGAUUAUUUCUAAAAUUUCCGGUUCCAAAGAUGUUGUAUUUGCUGCGACUCUUGCUGGACGCAAUAUUCCAGUCGAGGGGAUCGAGCAAGUAGUUGGUCCAACAAUCACUCCAGUACCGAUCCGCAUACAGCUGGAGAACGAGCAUCAGAAAGCUCUCGAGCUAUUGGAUGGCGUUGAAAAAGACACAGCCGAUAUGGCACCAUAUCAGCAUAUUGGAAUCAAGAAUAUCGAGAAAAUCAACGAAGAUACACGGAAUGCAUGUAAAGUUCAGACACUCAUUGUUAUCACGCCCAGCUCAGAAUCGAGCAGUGAAGACGCUGAUGCAAUCAAAACCUCGACUUAUGAAGUCGAGAGCAAAGAAGGAGAAGCCUUCCACACAUUCGCAUUGGUCUUGUUUGUCUUCCCUUCGAAAAUCCAUGUCGACCUGCAGGUUGUUUAUGACCCAGCCAUCCUCAACCGGCGAGAAAUCGAGCGUCUUACGGGCCGAUUGGAGAAUGUGCUUUCCUCGUUUAACAAAAAUGCACCUAUUUCCGAAAUUGGCGGUCUAGGAAGGGAAGACCUCGAGGAUAUAUUGAGAUGGAGCCCCGAUAUUCCGCCAUCAAGUAAUCGCCUUCUCCAUGAAGUAAUUCUGGGAAGCGCAAAUGAGCAUGCGGACAAAAUAGCUAUUGACGCGUGGGACUCGAAAAUAUCAUACUCGCAAUUGGACAAAUUGUCAUACUCUCUUUCAUUGCAGCUUCACAAACAUGGGGUAGGCCGAGGCUCAGUCAUUCCUCUUCUCUCGCCUAAGUCCGGCUAUGUUCCUGUAGCAGCAUUGGCUGUUCUAAAAACAGGCGCAGCUUUCUUACCCCUGGAUUCAAAACAGCCACUAAAUCGACUGUUGGCUGUGAUAGAUCAAGUCAAGCCAAAGGUCAUCCUUACUGAUGGGUCCGUUCGAGAAAUGGCUGAGAGUCUUGCCGAGAACCAUGUUCUGAUUGAAGCAUGUCUCGAGCCUGGUCCUGGUACAGCUGAGGAUUUCCAGCACCCUGACUUGGCUCAGCUCGACGACAACGCCUGCAUUCUCUUUACAUCUGGUACCACUGGAACACCGAAGGGUGUCAUGCAAACACACCGAGCACUCUCAUCGGCCGUCCAAUACCAAACGGCAGAAUCUGGAUUCACCAAGAACACACGAGCAUUCGAGUUUGCCUCAUAUAGCUUUGAUGUGAGCUGGAACAUGAUAUUCAAAGUCCUCAGUGUCGGGGGCACGCUCGUUGUUCCAAACGAAGAGGAAAGACAAAACGACCUUUCCGGGGCAUUAAUCAAAUCCGCUGCAACUCUCAUUGAGCUCACAGCAUCGGUUGCCCGGUUACUUGACCCGGGUCAACUUCCCGAUAUUGAAACACUUAUCCUGUCCGGAGAACCGGUGGACCCGCGUGAGUUUGAGUUGUGGAAGCCUAAAGCACGAGUGGUUAUCUGCUAUGGGCCAUCAGAAUGUACGUCUGUUUCAACCAUAAACCCUGGCAUAGACGCCAAAGCUCCCCUUGCUGGCAUCGGAAAGGGCUCUGCAUGUGUGGUUUGGAUCGUCGACCCGCAAAACUAUCGCCGACUGAUGCCCGUUGGGGCAGUGGGUGAGAUCUUGAUUGAAGGCCCGAUUGUGGGCAAAGGUUACUACGGUAAUGAAAAGCUGACUAGCGCAUCAUACCUGUCGCUCAACCUUCCAAGUUUGCAUCCUGCAAGUGAGCAAAGACAGAGUGUAAGCUCCAGAAAAGCGUUUCUUUCUGGAGAUCUGGCACGAUAUGACGAAGAUGGAAAUAUCCAUUUUGUUUCUCGCAAGGAUCUCCAAGUCAAACUACAUGGUCAGCGUAUCGAGCUUGAAGAGGUCCAAUAUCAUGUCAGCAAAUUCCUAGCAGACCAUGUCGGACCAGUUGUUUGUGGUAUCCUGGGACAUUCAAGCUCUGGCGAGGACCAACGACUGGCAGCUUUCCUCGUCACUGGCAAGACAGAUACGACAGGCAUUUGUCAAUUUUCAAGCCCUAAACAAACAGCCAUCAACGCACUGGAACAUCUUGACGAACAGAUCGAAGCUGUACUUCCCAAAUACAUGGUUCCCUCUGUAUACUAUUUUAUCACAACACUUCCGCGCACGCGCAACGGCAAAAUCGACAGGAAAAGACUUAUAGAACUAGCCGACACAGCGAAAGCUGAGAAUGUAUACAGAGGGUAUUCAAACCGGCAAAUUAUCCGUCGAAAGCCUUCUACUCCAAAGGAAACGGCCAUGCAGGAGCUAUGGUCAGCGGUUCUAGGAAUCCCGGUGGAACACAUUGGAGCAGACGAUAAUUUCUUCAAUCUCAACGGUGACUCAAUCUCGGCAAUGAAACUGGUAGCUAGUGCUCGAAAGAUGGGCAUCGACCUGCGCGUGGCGGACGUUUUUGCAACGCCCAAAUUGUCCGAUUUAGUCGUGAAUUUUGAGAAUAGAAACAAAUGGACACCAGAGUCGUUCAACGUGCAGCCCUUCCAGCUGCUUGGAGGCUCACCAGAUGUUGAGUCUAUUCGCUCAGAGAUUGCUGUCAAGUGCGGUGUUGACGCUCAUGAGAAAAUUGAGGACGUAUACCCAUGCACGCCUCUGCAGGAAAGUAUGCUGGCUGCUAGUAUCAGAUAUCCCGGCUCUUUCACCAGCAUGAGGUUAUACCAAGUUCCUAAGAAUGUCGAUGAAAGUAGACUUCGUGCUGCUUGGACAAGUGUGGCACACAUGCACCGCAUUCUACGUACUCGACUGGUUGACCUUGAGAGCUACGGUGUCAGCCAGGUGGUCGUAGACGAGCAGUCAAUUGCAUGGGACUCAUAUGACAGCAUGUAUGCAUUUCUUCAGCAUGCUGAUAGUGUCUAUAUGGGACCGGGAACACGACUUACUAAGUGGGCGAUUAUCCAUGGACCCGAUAGAAAACGUUAUCUCGUUUGGACUAUUCAUCACGCUACAUACGACGGUUGGACUCUUCCCAUUGUUGAAGAUGACGUCCGCAAAGCAUACUCCGGUGAAAGAUUGGAGACCAAACCUCUGGACAUGCGACCAUUGGUAAAAUACAUCUUGACACAACGAAAAGAAGACUCCAAGGCCUUCUGGGCUCAACAACUUGCAGGCGCGGAAGACGGCGCUGUCUUCCCAUCCCUCCCAUCUCAUAACUACGACCCAAGACCGGAAACAUACCUAGAGAAGACAAUUGCUACAGACGUUAGCGCAACCUCAACAAAUAUUGGCCUCUCGGGGCUUCUCUAUGGCAGCUGGGCUGCUGUAGUAUCGCAUGUUACUGGCAACGAAAAAGUCUUGUUGGGAACAAUCCUCACAGGUCGCAAUGCUCCAAUUGACGGGAUAGACAAAGUCAUUGGACCAGCUGUGACUACCGUACCUAUUCUAAUCGAUGUAAACGGGAAUCUGAAGGUGCGCGAACUUGUGGUGAAAAUCCAGGAAAUGACAGCUGGCUGGAUUCCGCACGAGCAUAUCGGUAUCCAGAAUAUACGGUCCAUCAACGAGGCAUGUCGGACAGCCUGCGGUUUCCAGAAUGUGCUGGUACUUCAGCCGCAUAGGAGAAGCCAGAAUGUUCGUGGGGGUAGUAAUAAGGAGCAUAUAAUGGAGGAAGUUGAUGAGACACGAGUCGAAGGCUUUCCUAACCAGCACUCAGUGUUGAAUCAGUAUGGCUUGAUGAUGGAGGUUGUGCCGAUCAACGAUACCGUAACUGUUCGUGCCAGUUUUGAUUCCACGCUUAUUUCAAGCACACAAGUCCAUCGCCUGAUCAAUUUGUGGGAACACAUGAUACAACAGAUCUCUGGAAUCCUUCAAACCGGUCUACCUGAUACUGUGGCCUCGUUGAAUUACACUUCUGACCAAGAUCUGAGUGAUAUUUGGACAUGGAACAAGAAUCUGCAUCAGCCCGUUGGACCGGACCGCUUCGUCUGUCAAACGAUACAAGAUAUUGCUCGCCAUCAACCAGAUGCCCUAGCAAUCGACUCAUGGGACGGAAGGAUGACUUACAAAAGACUAGACGUAUUAUCAUCACGUCUCUCCCAUCAUCUAGUCUUGUCUGGAGUUGGCCGUGGCCAUUUUGUCCCUGUGCUGUUCCGCAAAUCUCUCUGGGCUAACGUGGCAAUGCUCGCUGUUCUCAAAGCAGGCGGUUCAUUCGUGCCACUCGACGCAGACCACCCCGAAGGCCACCUAAGAGCAAUCAUGCAGCCUUUAGGAGCCAAUAUUAUCUUGUGUGCUGCCAAAACGAGAGACCGCGCUGCACGACUGGUCCGCAAUGCCGUUAUCGUCGAUGCGACUCUGGAUGGCAGCCAAGAUGCAUCCAGGAACAUUGAUCAGGCCCCAGACAUUGCACCACUGACAGCACACGACAUAGCAUAUGCAGUCUUUACAUCUGGCAGCACUGGUGCCGCGAAGGGCGUGCGGAUCAGCCACGAGAACCUGGCUACCGCUAUACACUACCAGGCUGGAGCUGAAGGAUUCCAGUUAAACACGCAUACACGGUCACUCGAUAGUUCAUCAUACUCGUUUGAUGCCUGUGUUUUUAACUUCUUCUACACCAUCACACAGGGCGGAUGUCUCUGUGUCCCCAGUGACGAGAGUCUCAAGGGCGACAUUGGCUCCUUCAUCAACGCUUUCCAUGUCAAUUGGGCACAAACGGUACCGUCAGUUGCGCGCACACUCGAUCCAGAGCGUUUUCCAAACCUCAAGACGCUCGUGCUAACCGGUGAAGCUCUCGGCAAAUCCGACAUUGAAAAAUGGGCGCAUCGAGUCCACCUCGUGAACGUCUACGGACCAACGGAGUGCACUAUUUUGUGCGCCAUCUCAUCCCAGAUAUCGGAUACCUCACAGUUAGGAUCGAUAGGGGUUGGACGCGGUGCCAACUUGUGGAUAACAGAAAUCGGAAAUCCGAACAAAUUGGCAGCUGUCGGUGCGGUGGGCGAGAUUCUCAUUGAGGGGCCCAUCAUUGGAGCAGGGUAUCUUGGACCAUACCAAUAUCCUCUCGUAGAGAACCCACCCUGGCUGGUGUCUGGUAGAGGAAAUAUCCCUGGCAGAGCGGGGACUCUCUUCCGCACAGGAGAUCAAGCAAAGUAUGCAGAGGACGGUUCGAUUGUCUUCAUCGGUCGUAUAGGGUCAGAGAUUAAGCUUCGCGGUCAGAGAGUGGACUUGCCUACGAUUGAAUACGCCGUUUCUUCUCAUAUCCCGCAGGGAUUGGAGUUCGCGGCGGAAAUUGUCCAAAUUAACCUGAGUGCGACUGUGCGACAGAUGUUGGUCGUCUUUGUUGGUGCAUCUGUUCAAAAGCAGGCGCCACCUGAUAUAGAAGAAAAGACGCUUGACAAGAUCCUGCAGAAAGUAAUUCCAGCACUUAAGUCAGGGCUAGAUGCUAGACUGCCCGUCUAUCUCCAGCCCGAAGCCUUCAUUGCUUUAACAGCAAUUCCGAAGACAAGCUCUGGCAAGACGAAUCGCCGCAAACUAAAGGAGCUUGGGACACAAAUUCGUCUGUCACAGUUGACAUGGAUUCGUGGUGACAUUGAGAAACCAAUACACACGCCUCCGUCGUCUACGAUGGAGUCUCUUCUUGCUGUUCUUUGGGGCGAGGUUCUGGGCAUAGACUCCACGACUAUUUCCCGCGAAGACGAUUUUUUCCAUCUGGGCGGCGACUCCCUGGGUGUGAUGCGGCUAACAACAAAGGCUCAUGAUCAUGACUUAGAAUUGAAGACGAGUGACGUAUUCACGAGUUCAAAACUUGCCCUGCUCGCUAAGAGGGUCAACCGUCUAGAUCGAAUCGAUGUGGCAUACAAGCCGUACAGUCUUGCCAAAGAUAUACAAGAUGUUCAUUCGUUCGUGCAAACACACAUCGUGCCGGCCCUGAAGAUCGAGGAUAGUCAGAUAGAGGACAUUCUCCCGGCAAAUAGAUUCCAGGUCGAUUACAUGCACAACCAGGAGGAGCCACUAGGCCUUCAAUACGCGUAUAUAGACAUUGGGCCCCGGGUUUCAUGGGAAAAGCUUCAAGCAGCAUGCAGAAUUGUGGUGCAGGAAUUCCAAAGUCUACGAGCUCGUUUCGUGAAGCACCAAGGAAAGUACUAUCAAAUCAUUCUACGUGAUGCGCCUUUGGCUGUCGAGGAAAUCGCUACAACGGAGCAGAUAACUACCUUUUCCAAUCGUUUCUGCCCAGCAGAUGGCCGUCAGGCGCAUGUUAGUGAUAUAUUCACUAAGAUGACUCUUGUGAACACAGGCAGUAACCUACGACGUGUCAUUCUGCGGUUGUCGCACAUGCAAAAUGACGGCUGGUGUACGGUGCGUAUUUUACAAUCACUGGCCACUGCAUUCAACGAUGGCAUUGUGGAAAAGACACCAGACUGGACAAGUCUACUCCAUUAUCGCAACCAGACGGCGCACGCUUCCCAUCUUUACUGGCAGAGGGUCUUGAACAAAUCUUCACACCCCACGUCUCCACUAGUGUACAAGCCAGGUGGUAGUCAAGUGCGCACUCUACGUUCAUUUGCUCUGCCAUAUUUCCACAAUGCAGAAGAUAACAGGCGCACACGUCCCACUGUCGUGGUUAAUGUGGCAUGGGCACUUGUGUUGCAAAAGCUGGCCAAUGUGCAGGAGGUGGUGUUUGGCAAUGUGACCACAGGUCGCAAUGGAGCGAUGCCAGGGCUUGACUCUGUUGUUGGCCCAUGCGUCAACAUGCUGCCCUUCAGACUACGGCUCAAUACCAAUCAUCCAAGUACAAGCAGGCGGCAGCACCUGCGUGACUUAGUUGAAGCAUCGGCACAGCAGGUGGAUGAACACACGGAACACGAGGGGCUGGACUGGGAUGACCUUGUGGACAAUUCUACGGAAUGGGCGUCUGGCACUGGCUACACGUCAGCGGUGCACUUCCGAAACAUGGCAUUUGAGCCUGAGCUGCGGUUUGGGGAUGAAAAGGUGGUCGUUACAUGGUACGAGCUUGUUGCAAAGCCGCACUGGACUACAGUGCUGGUCUAUCCAGAAGACAAUGUGCUGCGUUUGUGGCUACUGGCUAGUCCGGAGGAAAUUGGUGAAGACGGGGCUGAUGAGAUUUUGCAAAUGCUUUCUACGUAUUGCGAAGAGAUUGUUGAGGAGCUUCGUGGUUAA